AUGAGACUUAUAGUUUCAAUGCGCAGUGGCUCAACGAUGACCAAACAUUUAACAAAAGUUUUACGAAAAUUAGGAGACAAAGUGAGAUCGUUAAAAAACACAAAACAUUUAAUAGAAGAUAUUUAUAAAGUUAAAGUCGUCAGUCCAAAAAUGAGUUUAGCUAGUUUAGAUGUAGUUGAUUUAUUUACAUCGAUAGAUCGAAACGACGCGAUAGGAAUAUUAUCAGAAAAAUUAAAACAAGAUAUAAGUUGGAAAGCAGAUACAAGUUUAAAUGAAGAUACCAUCAUCAACAUGGUAAAAUUUUUAACAGAUAAUGUUUAUUUUCAAUUCGGGGAACAUUAUUAUCAACAAAAACAUGGGCUUCCCAUGGGGUUUUCUCUUUCACCGCUAUUAGCAGAUAUUGUACUUAGCGAUUUCAUAGAGAAAUAUUGGGACAGGGCGCGUUUUCCAUUUGCCUAUUUCGGACGAUAUGUUGAUGAUGGGCUCCUCAUUUCGGAGUUAAGUGAAGAUCAAGUAAAAGAAUUAGUUGAGGAUUUGAACAGUAAAACGACAAAUUUAAAAUUUACAUUCGAAUUCGAGAAAAAUAAUCAAUUACCAUUUUUGGAUGUUUUAAUAGCAAUUGACAAAAUAAACAAAAAAUUUACAACCAGCUGGUUUCGAAAAGAAACAGCAUCAAAUUACCUUUUGAAUUUUCAUUCGAAUCACAAUUCAGCAAUCAAAAAUAAUAUCGUUAAAAAUAUGACAAAUCGUGUUUUAGUAGCCAACAAUGGCCACAAAAAUGAAAAAGAUUUAAAUGAUUUGCAAAA